AUGAGCUUCUAUGAUCGUCUUCAGACAUGUAGCAGUACCUCAUCGUCGAUGACACCAAUGUCAUCAUCGCCUGCCCCAUGCACAUUUGCUGCUCCUCCGACAUCAACAAUGACGCUCACUAACGGUAAUGGGGUGAUGGCAAGUCGUGUACCGACAAUUCAACCACAUAAUGUGCUUGCUGGUCAUCAGAGUAUCUACACCAACAGUGGCGCACUGUCGUACUAUCACCAAUCGCAAUGGAGCCAACCAGCCGCCUCACGCCCACAUUACCCGCCACCACCGACGGGUACCUUGAACGCAGGCGCGUCGUACACGGCGGCGUACAAGCAUUCGCUGGGAAAUUUGAUUGGACGGUAUCAGGCGACGAACAACCCGGCG